AUGAACUGUCAAAAAACGUAAACAAAUGUGCAUGUGCGUGAUUGUGCGUUGAUAAUUUUGAUAAAUGAAAACUAAACUAGAUUGAAUGAGUUUGAUUGAUUCAUUCAAAUAAACUGUAUCCAGCACAAACUGCAUCUAAACGUAGCUAUAGUGUUGUAUUAGUUCGAACUAUCUGAUAUAAUAUCUAACCCUGAAAUAUGGAUGUGGAUGAAAUAAUUUCACAGUCCAGUUUUUCGAUGUUAAAAGGAAAGGUUGACGGAAGGAUAUUAAAGGCAUUAACCUCAAUGGGUCUGGUGAAGCCAACACGAAUUCAAGCUGAGGUUUUGCCACAUUUACUCCAGGGAAAAGACUUGAUAGGUGCAGCUAAAACUGGGAGCGGAAAGACUUUAGCGUUUCUUAUACCAGUUGUUGAUACCUUGAUCAAGUUGGGCUGGUCUGCCAAGUCAGGUACUGGCUGUGUGAUAUUGUCGCCAACAAGAGAGUUGGCUUUGCAGACUUUUGAUGUAUUAAAGAAACUUCUAGUUCAAAUUAAUUUGUCCCAUUGCCUUAUUGUGGGAGGUGAAAAGAGGGCCAAAGACGUAAUAAAACUGAAAAAAGGUGCAAAUAUCAUAGUGAGUACACCAGGCCGAUUGUUAGACCAUUUGCAAGGCACUGAAAAUUUUCACUGCGAUAAACUGAAGUGCUUAGUGCUGGACGAGGCUGAUAAACUACUGGAAGCUGGCUUUAAGAAGCACAUUACUGGAAUUAUUAACUUGUUGCCAACAAAAAGGCAAACAGUACUCUUCAGUGCAACUAUGGGCGAAAAUGUCAAGAAUCUAGCUAGUUUAGCAAUGAGAACUGAUCCAGUUAUAAUAUCUGUAACUGAUAACAAAAUGUCCACAGUCUCGGGACUCCAACAAGGAUACUACAUAUGCCCGGUAGAGAAAAGAAUAUCAUGGUUGUACAAAAUGUUGAAAAAAAGUAAGAAACUAAAAGUCAUGGUGUUUUUCUCAUCAUGUAAAUCUGUAGAUUUUCACUAUGAAUUUUUCGGAGAACAUUGUAAAGCUAAUGUUUUGAGUAUACAUGGUCAGCAAAGUCAAGCGAGGAGGAAAGAGGCAUAUCAUAGUUUUAUUGAGGCGCAAAACGGCGUCUUGUUUUGUACUGACGUCGCAGCCCGGGGUUUGGAUAUUCCCAGCGUUGAUUGGAUUGUGCAGUAUGACCCGCCGUCCGAUCCAAAGGAGUACAUUCAUCGAGUUGGUCGCACGGCUAGGGGACUCAACAAUAAAGGGAAUGCAGUUAUAUUGUUGAGGCCCGAAGAGAAGAACUUUAUUGAGUUUCUGCAGAAAGAAAAGGUGUUUUUAGAUAAAUACUCUUUUGGUGAUCCUCCUGAUGAGGUUCAAGAAAUGCUAGAAAAUCUCAUAGCCAGCAAUGGUGUAAUGAAGACCUUAGCAAGAAAGGCAUACCUUUCGUUUCUAAGAUGCUAUAAAACGCAUCCAUUGAAAAAGAUAUUUGAUAUCAAUUCAUUGGAUUUGAAAUUAGCAGCGAAAGCCUUUGGAUUUUUGGAGCAGCCGCACGUUGAUUUUCUAACGAAAAAGAAAUGAAACUGCAAGUAUUUACUUGGAACACAAAGAUGAACCAUCUCAGAUACCACUUUAUCAAACUAAUGUAAUCUGACUAGAUUAUUAUUAUGUCAAGAUAUAGACAAAUUGACGAGUCGGGUUAAAUAGAGCAUCGGCGUGAUAAGUAACAUUGUAAAAGGUUAUGUAACUUUACAAUAAAACGAAUGUUCAAAAUAAAA